UGAUCGUUUGAGCACUGCCAUAGCGCGAUGUCCUGAAUGGUAGAGCGUUGAAGGCAGCGUGCAACGAGUGAACGUGUUAUUCGUCGAGAUUGCUCUGUUCCUGUUGCAAAUACAAGCAUUUCUCUUCUGUCUUUCACACCGUAUCGAUCGACAAUGAACACGCCUAUUUCACAUUCACCAAAGCUCCACCCACUGCUCGCACAGUACGCCCUGCAGCUGGCGGUUCACCCUCUGCGAACUAAAGCUCUAACAUCCGCGACCCUCUCGUUCCUGCAGGAGGUUAUCGGAUCCAACGCAGCUGGUCUACCGCCCACUCCAACACCAAAAGAUCCUUCCCCUCUCACGAAAAUCCUUGCGAGAUACCAUAUCGAUGCCAAGGCUAUAAAGAUGGCCAUCUACGGCUUCUUCGUCUCCGCACCUCUAGGGCACUACUUGGUGGGACUCUUGCAGAAAGCGUUCACGGGCAAAGUUGGAGUCAAGUACAGAGUAGCACAACUCGUAGCGAGCAACUUUCUUGUUGCGCCUGUCCAAACGACUGUGUUCCUUGCGUCCAUGGCUAUCAUUAAUGGUGCUAAAUCACUUGACGAGGUUAUCCGCACUGUUAAGGGAGGAUUCUGGGCUGUAAUACGGGUGACGUGGAUAGUGUCACCACUAUCGAUGAUAUUCGCGCAACAAUUCGUCCCCACGGAGCUGUGGGUGCCAUUUUUCAAUAUGGUACAGUUUACUCUUGGUACGCUGUUCAACAUCAAGGUAAAGAAGAUGCGCCUUGCGGCAGCGAGGAAGGAGGCAGAAGAACGGGAUCGUCAAAGAGCGAAAAAAACUGUGGACCCGCCUUCAGACGAUGAAUAGGAUACUCCAUUAAUGCUAACUCAUGAAACCAGAAGCCUGACCAUCACGUAGUUGGAUGUCGACCAUUGGUUCCUUUAUUCUUUGGUGACACGGAG